AUGGCCUGCGGCGAUAAUGUGUUUGGCUACGUCGGACCAACCACCACCGAAAAUAGAGAGGUCCCUGAUGAACCUCGUAUCAAAUAUGACGACUGGAUCCCACUCCAGCACCACAUGUCCUUCAUGAAAGGGAACGUAACGGAGGUGAGCAACUCCUGCUGUGGCGUGAAGUGGGAUGCUUGGGAAACGCAUUUGCCAAAAUCCGCUCUGAGGAAAAUGAAAAAUUAA